UCGAGUCGUGGUGCAACACAGGCAGUGGAGGCGGCGGCGGCGGCGGAGGAGGCGUGCGAGAGUGUCAUUACCGACCCUCAGUCGUGGUGAUCGUUAUAUUGAUAUUAAUUUGAUGUCAUUAGAAGGAAUUAGAGAAGUGUUACUGUGUAAAAAGUGAGCUACAUAGGAGGUGGUUGGGGAAACCGGACAUUUAGCGGGCAAGAAGCCGUGGCGCCAUCUGUAACAUUCUGGUGCCGCCUUUUGUCAGGCACUAUCGUCAUGCACGGAGAAUGACAACGCCGAACAGUGUCACGUAAAAGUCGCACAUAAACAUACAUUCUGAAUAAACGUUAUGUUGGUGCAGUUUGUCUCGAAAUACUCACAUCCGCUGGCAUAUUGUCAAGUUGCCAACUAAAACUAAAACAAAAAUCCAAAUUGCGAAACACACACAAAAAAAAAGAAAUAGAAAUAAAUAUACACAGAAACACUCAUAACCCCCAGACUUCACACCGAAGAUAAAAUAACCACUCUCAAAAAUAACUUACGAAGUCUUACAAGCAUGACACGUUUAAUAAGCGUCUGAAAACACAAACGCGAAGCGAACCUGUUCAAACUCUCCCGAGCGGAAAGGAGUCGCCGGCCUUAGUCUAGUCCUCGGUCUCGUGGCGGAGAGAAGCAGUCAGCAGUCACAGGUUAUAAGGUCUCCCCAGGAAUGAGUUAAUGAUGGCUUCGAAUCACAGAGGUCUUUCAAUCACGGUUCUCCUGUUACUGUAUCAUGGAGUGUCAGGCAAUAGUACAGAACCAUCUUCAGUCACACCAGUUGAGACGACUCCAGAAGCAAACAUUACUACCAUCGAAACCACUUAUCCGACCACGCCUGCAAUCUCUACCGAUUCCACAGACGUGACCGACAUACCCAUACAGCCCGAAACAGACUGCCAAGCCUUCAUUCCAAAAUCAGGACAGUGUCGUUUCAGCCGUUCACAAAAGGUGAACAUCUCGUCGUCAAAUCCAUGCAUUUUCAAGUGUCAUUAUAAUCCUACCGAGCUCAGUCCGAUUCGCUUUGAAGUUCAUCUCUCCUACAAGCACCCAACACAGAACCCCACCUUUGUAACAGUCAAACAGAGGUACUUCAUCAAUUCUUGGACAAUGCCAAUUUUAUUUCCCGAUCAUGGAGAGAACCAGAAAUUCACUUCAAUAGAGAAGAUGCUUUGCCCUCCUACGAACUUACAGAAUGAAACCCUAGAAUUCCAUUUCGCAACAGAGAGCACCCAGAAUAUAUCCUUUCUUUUGGAUGUUAGCAACCAGUCCUAUGUCCUCAGAAUGGGGGAUAAUGUCACUGUGAAGGCAACACCUGUUUCACCUUGGGUUAAGCUGUAUAAAUGGGACAAAGAGGACUCUAUCCUGGUGACUGCUGACAGUCGAGACAAUAGCGAUACUGUCUGUUCCAUACUUGCACUGCAGAAUGCAAAGUGUCCUGUUUAUGCUGAUGAAGCAGAAGUACGCGCUGGAGGAACUCAAUUUCAGACCUUUACGUCUCGGGCAGGCAUGGUAGCACGCAGGGAAAACUUUCCAGAUGGAGUACACAUUAUUGUGGUACCUUUACCUGAUGAUGACCCUUGUACAUUAGCAGUCUCAGAAAGAGCAAAUCACACAUCUCGUCAAAAGUCUGUGACUCUUCAGGUAUAUAACCAUGCCACUAUAGCGUCUACGUGGUAUGUCUUCCUCUUAACAGCAGGAGUCAUGGCAACAGUCAUCUCUUCCUUCACUGCUCUUUCAAUCAAGAUGAUCAGAAGAAACUUGCUAUCUGAAUCUGUUGAUUUAGAAGAUGAGGAUGAGAGGAAUCUGCUUGGAGAUUCGGGUAAUUCUGGAACACACAGCAGAAUCCGGGUAGAGGAAAUGGCAGGAGUUUCAGUGUUGCCUGGCGGUGAGAUUGGUGGGACCAUGUCAGAAGGUAGUCGGAGGGAAGGUGGUUCUCAUGAAAGACCGUUUGUGUCGGCAUCACUCUCUGAUGGUCACUUAUCCCGGAAUGUUUCCAAUGAACCUUAUGGAAGAUUGCAAAUAGAUAAUGGAUCAAGAGAACUCCAGCCUCUUCCUUAUGCCGUACCCUCCACCUAUGCACCACAUCAUGCAGUUCUCAACUUCUCGGCAAGAUUCAACCCAAGACUUGUAUGUUGGUGGAAACGAUUGGCAGUCUAUGAAUUGCGGACGGCAGAUGCACAAGUUGCGGAGAUAGGCUUUCAGAAUAAUAUUCUGAUCAUGGCAGUAUUUACAGCACUUCCAACCACAGAACUUGUGAGAUCAUAUUUAAAGGUAAGUCUUCAGCCACUUAAAUUCUUAAAUUUGAGUUAAAUCAAAUAUAUUAAUGUCUUAUGUUUGGCUCACUGGGACAAGGCUCCUGAGUACUGAUUGGGAGUUCAUACCUCACCGAUGCCUUGCAUGACUAGGACCCAAACUAUAGUUAGCUCACAUAAGACAUUGUUUUCUUUUCAGAGUGUUGGUGUAAGUAGGCACUAUGGAUUGUUUAUGUCUGUUGGUUAUGGACUCUUCAUCCAAGGUGUUAUGUCAUCCCUGUAUCACACUUGCCCUAACAGCGUUACUAUCAGAUUUGACAUGAUGUUCAUGUAUGUGGUGGCGGUUGCUGCUAUUGUGAGCAUGUGGGGAUUCCGCCACGGUGACGUUACACACCACGUUUACCCCACGAUGGUUAUGAUUGGUAUGAUACUUCUGAUGGCAGAGGCACGAGAAUGGGUCAGUCAGGCAGCCUUCUGGAGUAUUCUGUCUCUGUUCUAUGUCUUCCUAAUGGUGACAAACACCAUACUGCUCUCAAAGUAUGGAGUUUGGUCCUUUUCUCCAUACAAGAUGCUAAUGGUGUGGAAGGGAUGGAGACCUGUUGCCGAGAAAUUGCAUAAUGAGUUAUGGGGUUCGGCAACUACAACCAAGCCACUGCAGAUUGUGAGGAUUGUCAUAGGACUGGUGAUAAAUUCUGCAAUUAUCCUAUUUGGUUGUUUAGCUGAUCCAAAUAUCUACAGUUAUAUCCUCAUGGUGUGCCUCAUCAACAUGGGACUUUACUUCUUAAACUAUCUAAUCGCAAAGAUAUGUGAGAGGGAAAGUGUGAGAGCUCUUCCCUCCAUAGCUCUGGUAUCAUCCUUGCUAUUUUGGAUCCUAGCACUGGUGGCAUUUUUCUUCCACAGCACCGAUUCAGAGGCUUCACCAUCUGUGUCCCGUGCCAAGAAUUCUCCCUGUGAGUUCUUCGGGGUUUUUGACACUCAUGAUGCCUGGCACCUCUUGUCUGCCUUAGCACUUUUCACGUUCUUUGUGGGUAUCCUGACUUUGGAUGAUGAUCUUUGCCACACAUGUUCAGAUAAGAUUCAUGUGUUUUAGUUUAACCAUUUGGUACUACACUGCAAGCCUUGGUAAAUCCUCUUUUUCAUUAUUAAUUUAUAGCUAUUUAAAGUGUUUUGUUUGAAUGAGUAAAUCUGUGUUGUAGUAAGAUUAUUGAUGGUUAAAGAUAUUUUCAUAAUGACUCACAGAUAUGUAUGUCUUGUAGCAUUAAAACACUAAUGCAGGUUGUUUGUUGAUGACAUUUGCCCCAAAACUAUUGGUAGUGCUUAUAUUUCAUUUGUGUUUCUGUGCUGUGUUUUUAAAGACUUUUCAUGCCAUUAUGAUAACUGAAACAUUUCUUUGCUUAAUGGUAGGGUUUUUUAUGGAUACUGAAAAAACUAUUCAUGUCAUGAUUGUUUCAAUUUGUAUAUACAUGAUUGUGACUGAACCAAAAUAUUUUUUGUAUAUCAUUAUUAAAUACCUGACUCUUUCUCAUUUUAUUUUUCCUUUCAUAAUCACUAUGAACACAUCCCAUUAUUUUUGUAAGUUGAAUUAGAAUAACUUAAAAGGUUUUCUGAUAUUCGUUUGUAUUGUGCUACAUUGAUAUAAAAUUGCCAAAUUCAAAAUGGACUUAAAUGCUAUGUAUUUACUGAAUGUUUGUAUUAAUGACAUGAGUGAAUAAAGAAGUCAUGCUUGGA